CACCCCCCCGGGGGGGGCCCGGCCCGCCAGCACCCCCCACCCAACGGGCUCCUCCAGAGGGGCCGGGCCCCCGCAGAGAACGGGCCCGCCGGGCCCCAUGUGGCCCCCCUCCUCCAGGGGCCCCCCCUCCACCAGGGGCCCCCCCUCCUCCAGGGGCCCCCCCUCCACCAGGGGGCCCACGUGGCCCCCCUCCUCCAGGGGCCCCCCCUCCACCAGGGGCCCCAUGUGGCCCCCCUCCUCCAGGGGCCCCCCCCUCCACCAGGGGCCCCCCCUCCUCCAGGGGCCCCCCCUCCACCAGGGGGCCCACGUGGCCCCCCUCCUCCAGGGGCCCCCCCUCCACCAGGGGCCCCACGUGGCCCCCCUCCUCCAGGGGCCCCCCCUCCACCAGGGGCCCCACGUGGCCCCCCUCCUCCAGGGGCCCCCCCUCCACCAGGGGCCCCACGUGGCCCCCCUCCUCCAGGGGCCCCCCCUCCACCAGGGGCCCCACGUGGCCCCCCUCCUCCAGAGGCCGCCCAACUUCGCGGCGGUCCCCAAGGUGGCGGUGCCGCUGAGCAGCAGCCGGUACGACCCGGCGCUGGACGUCAGCCCCGCCCUGAUGGCGUCGUUCGGCCGCUUCCCGUACCCCACGCAGGCGGAGCUGAGCUGGCUGACGGCGGCCUCGCGCCACCCCGAGGGCGCCAUCCGCGCGUGGUUCACCACGCAGCGGCUGAAGCAGGGCAUCACCUGGGCCCCCGAGGAGGUGGAGGAGGCCCGCAAGAAGAUGUUCAACGGCUCCAUGCCGCCCGCCCACCACACCUUCACGGCCCCGCCCCCCGCCGCCGCCGCCGCCGGGCCCCGCCCCCGCUCCCCCCCCCACCGCGCGGCCGUGUGCUCCAGCUACGCCCUGGUGCGGCCCCGGGCCCCGGAGCAGGCGGAGCGCCCCGUCAUGGCCGUGGCCCCCAACGCCGGGGACCCCAGGGACAAGGGGCUGAUGGCCCCGCCCCCGCCGCCGCCACCCCUGAAGGACCGCCCCCCCGUCGCCGCGGAGAUGAAGCGGCCCGCGGCGACGCCCCUCGUCGCCUCCGACCCCAAGAGGAAGCACCCGGGGGGGGGCCUCCCCCCGGCCCCGCCCCAGGGGGCCCGCCCCCCCGUGCUCCUCCCCCCGGCGCUGGCCCGCCGCUUCGCCGCCCCGCCCCCGCCCAUCGUAGCCCCGCCCUACAAGAACUACCGCCUGCCCCUCCCCCCCCUCUCCCCCCAGGAGAAGCACCCCCUCACCCACGCCCUGCUGGCCCCGGACCCCCGGCCCCCCCCCCCGGCGGCCCGGCGGCCCAGCAUCAUCCAGCCCCCCCGCCCCCCCCACCGGGGGCCCAAGGAGCAGCAGGGCCGCGAGCCCAGGGGCCCCUCCCCCCGGCCCGACAAGGUGCUGACCCCCCUGUGCGAGGCCAACGGCGUGCCCCGGGGGGGGGACCCCCAGCACCACGGCGGGGGUGGCGCCCCCCCCCCGGGGAAGGCCCCGCCCCCGCCCCCGCCGGGGCAGUUCCCCCUGCUGGAGCGCAUGAAGGGGAAGACGGCGGCGCAGCUGGCGGCGCUGGAGGAGGGCUUCCUGCGCGGCACGGGGCUGCCGUCGCACGGCGAGGUGGACGCCCUGGCCGCCGCCGCCCGCCUCUCCCGCCACGAGGUGCGCGGCUGGUUCCUGGAGCGCCGCGCGCUGCGCGACACGCUGGAGCAGGCGCUGCUCAACUCCAUGGGGGCCCGGCGGGCGCCCCCCCCCCCCGGGGCCCGACCGGAGGCACCCGACGGCCGCCCCGCCGCCGCCGCUCAACGGGACCCACAAGGGCAGGGGCGGGGGAGGGGGCCACCUCAGGAGUCCUCCUCCUCCCCCCCCUCCCCCCAUCGUGGCCCCUCCCACCCCCGCCCCCCCGCCGCCCACCCCCCUGAGGGAGGGUGGGGCCCCGGGCCGCUGGCCGUCCCCUGAGGACCUGGUCCAGCUGGAGGCCCGGACCGGCCUGCCGCGCGCCGACCUGCUGCGCUGGUUCAGCGACAGCCGGCCCGCCCUCCACAGGGGGGGCGGGGCCGGGCCGCCGGGGGGGCGGGGCCACC